AUGCUUAGAAGUCAAAGAACCCUUCUAAAAAGAUCAUCAUUCUAUCUGAAUAGAAGAUUUUCUACAUUAUUAACUACCAAACCCAUUGAAAAAUUAACUAUUGAAGAUUUAUCUCAACCAUCAAUCAAUCAACAUGAUGUAAUUGGUCGAUUAAAAUUAAUUGAAUCAAUACAAAAUACACCAACUUUAUCAACUAAUAAUCGGAACCAAUUAUUAGAAUUUUUAAUUCCAAAUUUUUCGUUUUAUUUUAAAUUACCUCAACAUAUCAUUAAACAAGAAGUUUUACAUCGAUUAAUUCAAUUAAAUCCUGGUAGAGUUCAUAGUACUUUGGAUUUAUAUAAUAAUCAUCGUAAUGAAAUUCAAGAUUAUAUGAUCAAUGAUAUUUUAAAUAAAUUAAUUCAUGGAGAGAAGAAGAACAUUACUACAGAAGAAGAAAAAGGGACUGAUAAUAUUGAUUUGAAUAAUAUUAUUCAAAUUGUUAAUGAUUAUCAACAUUUACAAUUUGAUCAAUUAUUGAUUGAAUUAUUUUAUAAAUUGAUUGAUAACAAUGAUAAUGAAUUGAUUGUUGAAUUAAUAAAUUCUGGAAUAUUAAAUGGUGAAAUAAUAUUAAAGGAAAUGAUUUCACAGGGUAAUAUCAAGACAAGUUCUAUUUCUACUAAAUUUGCAUUUAUUACAAUAUUCAAUCAAUUAUUUAUAAAUAAUCCAAAAUCUAUUGAUUAUCAAAUUUAUACUAUUGUAUUGAAUUUGUUAAAUUUCGGUGAUUCCCAUAAACAGUUGUUAGAUGUUAUAUCCAAAUAUACCACCACCAGGACAAUAUCAACAAGUAAUGAAAUUUUACAGUUUGUUAUAGAUUCAAAACUUGAUGAAAUCCCAGAAGCAAUUAACCUAAGACAAACAUUAUUAGAAAUCUAUGGUAUUAAACAACAAGAUAAUGAUAAGGCAUUAAAGAAAUAUUUUUAUUAUGAAACUCAUGUUAAGACCAAUAUUGAACACAUUCGUUUUAUUAUGGUGAAAAUAUUCAGUUAUUUAGCCAUAAAACAAAACAAUGAAAUUUGGAAUCAAGUGGCACAACUGAUGAUUAACCCAGAAUUAACCAUUAAAACAUUACAAUUAUUAAUUAUUGGUAAAAGUUUUUUCAAUAUUGAUUCAGGAUUAUCAAUAUAUAAUGAUUAUAUUCAAAAUGUAUCUUCACAAAUCAAUCCUGAAACUAAAAAAUCAUCCAAGGGAUUAUUAACUGAAUCAAUAAUAUUAGGAUUUUUAAUCAACAAUGAUCGUGAAUUUGCAUCAUUAAUAUUUGAAAAAGCUAUAGAGAAUCAAAUAAUUGUUGAUGAGUUAGAAAUUAGUCAAAUCAAAAAAUUAUUUAAAACUUAUAGUGAUUGCUUUAUUGAUAAUGAGGUUUGGGAAGAUAAUGCUCAAUUAAAAAUGAUAAAUGUUGCUUUGGAGUAUAUUGAAAACAUUGAUUCCAUAAAGUAUUGA